GAACUUUACAUGCAUUAUCUGCUUCGCCACUUUGUCCAUCUUCAUCUGCAGCAUCAUUGUCCCCAGAUAGCACGCGAAAGACUGCAUCAUUGAUUUGAGAUGGCUAUCAAGUCGCGCAAGAAUGGCGGGUCGGCUGCUUCAGGCGGCAAGAAGCCCUCCUCAUCGUCUUCCAGCUCAAACAGCAAACUGAAGAAGGCCGUGUCGCCUACAGCUGCCCUAAAGCGAAGAGUUUUCAAAGCACCUUUGCGCACUACUCGCGACGGCAGCAGCGGCAAUGUCACACCCCCAAGCGCUUCAAUCGGCGCCACCGUGACUCUAGACCACGGGCCACUUGGGACGCAAACAAAAGCAGCGAAACGUGCCGCGCGCAGGCGGGAGCUGCUUUCGCAUGCACCUGCUGGAUCGUUGGCACUCGCAUCGUUGCCGCCGCACACCAUGAGCAAGUCGGCGCUCCGGCGCGCGAAGCGUAAACAGCACGAGCAGCUCGCGGGCAACGCGCAGGGGCUCGGCGACCUCGAAAUGGCGAUGGAGGAGGUGGAAGAUGCAGUGCAGGAAGAAGAGGUGGAAAGGGAGGAGGAAAAGAGGAACGAGGGUAAGAUAGGCGCCGUCGAGAAUAAUGAAGCAAGCUCGGCUGGCUUUUCGGUCAAGCAGAGGAAGAAAGUGCUGGCGCAAGAAAAAGCUCGACAGAACGCGAUCUUGGGCGACCUGUCAAAAACGUCUUCCCCAUUCGCAGCGCUACGGCAGCACGCACAAAACUCUCUCAUCUUCGAAACCCAGCAGCAGGCACGGGGUGCACGGUAACUUGAAUUUGCACGUGGGUGCAGCUCACGAUAUCAGUCUUUGGGACUUUGUGUAUUCCUCGUCGUCUCUGUAACAUAUUGUUACCCUG